CGACUUGCCGGCUGCUUCCAUUUGUGCUCCACGCCGCCACUUCACUUCAUUGAGCACAAAUUGGGGGAAUUAAAGCGUAAUUGGGGCACAUAACUCUUUAUUUGGAAGAUUGUCAAAGCCACCGUGAAAGAGAGAGACGUAUAUAAGUUUGGAGCUCGGCGGAGGAACGAGGCACGCAGGUACAACGGCACUGUUGUGUCGACUCGCAACUCGGAGUAAACGUUACUAAUGUAACGCGGAGGUGCUAGCCUCCUCCGCGAGCUAAGUGGCUAACGCUAGCAUCCCAACUAUUAUACGAAUAGUACACACGCCGGACUCGGGAGGAGGACUGCGAGCGCCCACGCUUUGAAAAUAAAUAUCCACUUCUUGCGAGGCGACCAAACACCUCGAAGGAAAAGAAAUGGAGUUAUUAUGUGAAAAGGAGCGACUCUCUCCUGACUUCCGCGAGAGUCGCUCGCUGCCGUGGCGACCGACGUUCGAGCGUGGCGAAAACAAAAGGGACGGACUCGUGUUUGGCACCCGAACCGCAAACCGAGAGCUCACUCGGCUGUUAAAAGGCCCUGGGGCGCAAUUGGGGAAGUAGAGCCCGAGUCAUCGCAUCGGGCGUUAAUUGCGGGGUAACCAAUGAAGCAAACAACUUCAAUGCAUUUGAAACAACAAUUAUCUCCUUGACGUCGCGUCUUUCGCCUCUGCUGCACUAGUUUUUUUUUUUUUUUAAUAAAUAUACUGAUCAUUGUGUUCGAGGCUACCAUCGUGGUGACCGAGGCUAGCACAGUAACUCUCCCUUUUGUGCUUGGGGGAAAAAAAAGAAAAAAAAACCUCGACAAAUGUCGGUUUUGAGUAUUCCUGGGAUGUUAAUGUCGUCGGGACAGCUGUUGCAGUUAGGGGGAAGGGGGGCAUUUUGAGAGACAAAGACCCCCAUAGAGGACCCUGCAUUGUCCUUCAGAAUUGGUCUUUCAAACACUUUUUUGGGGUAAGUUUGGGGGAAAAGAAGGGGUUUUGUUUUGUUUUUGUUUGUUUUUCCUUCUCCGAUUUGAGUUGUUUGGAUGCGAGUGUGAUGGGAUGACCUCAUGUGACCGAUGAAGAGGAGGAGGAGGAAGGCUUGACAACAGAAGGCUGCUGCGCAUUGUAUAUUUGUCUUCUUUUUUCCUCUCCGUAUAUUUGGAGGAUCAAGUGAUGGAGAUCAACUAUUGGAGACGUUUUAUGAUCUUUUUGGGAGUGUUAAAGCAGUUGUCCUCAAAGUUUGUACACCAAGUACUACCUCAAAAAAUGCUUGGCUCGACAAGUACUGUGUGUAAGACACCGUAACAUUAGUCGCAGUUUCCUAUUUUGGUGAUUCAAUUAAAAAUGUGUUGCACAUAAAGUUCAAAAUUGUUCUGCCAUUAAAAUUUUCAAAACAAACAGUCAUUGAUUAAAUGCAAAUGUAUUGGACUUAAGAGUGAAAUGCAACUGAACUGUGUUAACGGGGGAGCGUUUGAAAUGUGUUCAGGCUCUGCGCUGGUGUCUUGCGAAACCAUGCCCUCGGUGAUGGAGCGCUCCGGGGCCGCCGGCGUGCUGUCCCGGAGCCGGACCAAGACGGUAACCAACGGCAACAGCCAACCGCAUUCCGAGGAGGAGAGCAGCGACGAGGAGCACGCUCACGAUAGCAUGAUCCGAGUGGGAGGAGACUACCAGGCCCAGAUCCCGGAGUUUAAACCAGACAUCCCGGCACGUUACGCUGAGAAGGAGCAGAGGAGCAUGUUGGUGUGGCGUCCCAACAGUCAGCUGUCGGAUGCAAUGCUGGAUAAAUACAUCCUGAUGGCGAAAGAAAAACAUGGCUACAACAUGGAGCAGGCCCUGGGCAUGCUGCUGUGGCACAAGCACGAUGUGGAGCGCUCGCUGGCCGACUUGGCCAACUUCACGCCCUUCCCCGACGAGUGGACGGUGGAGGACAAAGUGCUGUUCGAACAGGCCUUCAGCUUCCACGGGAAGAGCUUCCACCGCAUCCAGCAGAUGCUUCCUGACAAGCUGAUCUCCAGCCUGGUGAAAUACUACUACGGCUGGAAGAAGACACGAACCAGAACCUCCGUCAUGGACCGGCAGGCCAGGAGGCUGGUGAGCAAGAGGGAGAAAGACGAUAGCAAUGAUGAACCCGAGGAAGGAGAGCCCGGCAGCGACAGCGACUUUGAGCUUGAUGCCAAGAAGGAGGCAGCCAAACAGAACUCCAACGGCGCCGCCUCGGACAAGGUCGUCCCCGGUCGCUCCGGCCCGAUCAAGAAGGAGAACAUCGGGGCUCAGUACCGCCACCACCCGCUCAGAGCGCGCCGCCGGCCGCCCAAGGGCAUGCACCUGGAGCGGGCCGACAUCACGUCGCUGUCCGCCUCGCACGACUCCGGCGUGCUGACCAUAAGACAGCUGGACGCACAGCUGGUGUCGCUCAAGCGACAGGUCCAAAGUAUAAAACAGAACAACAGCAGUUUGAAACUGAGUCUGAACGGAGGUGUCGACACUUUCAGACCCACUGAGCCCGCCCCCAAGAUGAACGCCCGCUGGAGUACAGAAGAGCAGCUGCUGGCCGUGCAAGCGAUCCGCCGCUACGGCAAAGACUUUACAGCCAUUGCCGACGUGAUUGGAAACAAGACGUCUGCUCAGGUGAGCUCGUUCUUCGUGAGCUACCGCCGCAGGUUCAACCUGGACGAGGUGCUGAGGGAGUGGGCUGCCGAGCAGGUGGCCGUCCGAGACCUGAGGAGGAGCGGCGAAGAGGCGGUGACUGCGUCAGAAGGGGCAGCGGAGGAGGAAGAGGUCAGGACGGAGGACUCGUGUUCAGAUGCGGCCGGGGGCUCCUCGCCCCGCUCCUCCGCCCGGACCCCCUCGUCGCUGUCCCAGCCUCCCCCGCUGAUGCGCCCGGCGCCGCCCUCGGCCCCGCCCGGCCUCCUGCGCCAGCCUCCGCCGCUGCAGACCCGCCCGCUCCAGAACCGUGCCCCUCACAACCACCCGCCGCCGCCCCUCAUCCGGCCCGCCGUCACCUCCUCGUCCGGUAGCUCCGUCCUCAGGGCUUCUCCUGCCGGUUGCUCGCCGCCGUCGCUGGUGGGGAUCAAGGUGGAGCAGGCCAACUCUCACUAGGAGAAAAGUUGCAAAAGGGUGGAACAUUUUCAGUACAUUUCCCAAACGUUUUGAUGAAUUUCAAUGGUAAAUGAAGCUGGAAAUAUUCCACAUUGGAAACUUUCCAUGGGAAUUAAUGUGAAUUGAGAAUAAUUUAAGUGUAAAUAUAAACAUUUGUUUUGUCAGAAGCAGAUGUAGAUUGGCUACAUCUGAGCGUGUAACAUAACCUUCAUUCCUUUGUUUGUGUUUUGCUGCUUUACUUGAGCAGCGUUUCGCAAAUGUUUGCUUACAACACGACGCAAAAAAAUUGACCAAGUGACAGGUUGAAGUCAAAAAACUCAAAGGUUGGUGCACUUGAAACAAAAACUCCUAAAAAUACAACCAAGCGCACAACUAAACUGUCAGCAGGAGGUUUGAUUUGAGGUAGGAGCAGAAAAAGUCUCCCCAGCACAUUUGUCUCUUAAGCUGAUAGCUAGGAGAGGGUCUUCAUCGCACGAACUGUAACUCAAGGCUUUCUCACCAAUGUGUGUUCCUCAUUUUUCCUUCUGAUGGAAUAUUUUAUUUAUUCAGCAUUAUGCUAAAAUAUGAACUAUAUUUAAGUUUCCUAUGUCAAGCCAACCCAUUUGGUAAAUUCCUGAUUUAUUCUCAUAAAAUCCCAUUGAAGGUUUCCCGGAUUUCCUGGAAUUUUGCAGCCCUAAAUCACACGUUUUCACAGCGUCUUAGGAAUGAACACUACAGUCCAAAAUGUCAGCUCUUCGGCGUUUAUAUUCAGUCUGCACUGUCACACCUACCUCCAACACACACACUUUUAAAAUGUCAAAACCCCAAACAGGACCUGUGCCCCGGCGCUUCGAGCAGCUUUUUGCGUUACAACUUGAACCCUCGACGAGGAAAAAGCAGGUACAAUGUCGAGCCACUUGGAAAAGCCUUUCAGGAUGGGAUGACGUUCCGACCACGUCCCACUGGUAUGAACUACAAUGACGGCUUUUAACUGUUACGACGAGCUCGUGGAUAGCCAAUAGUUGCGGUUUGUGAAUAUUCUUAAAGACUGAGCACUACUAAGGAGUCUUUUCUUUUGUGUGUGACUCGAGCUGUGAGUCGUCUUCCCUCGUCUCCUGCAACUUACAACUUAUUCAGCCGCAGUCAGUUGUCGCUUUAAAAGCACAACUGAGGAAAACAAAGACGGAGUUUCUUAUGACAGCUGCUAUGAUGUUUGCUACAGUAACCUUAAUCCAAAUUGUUGCAGUGAAUCUGGUGUAUUUUGAUUGGUUAGCAGUCCUGGCCAGUCACGUGACUGCCGCCAUCGUUCACAAGUCGCUUCUCCCUCCACGUUUGGCAAAGCUGGCGUGCCUUUCAUUCCUUUUUCAUGUUCACGCAAAGAAAAGAAUGCUUGUACGUCCUUGUGUGUGAGAAAUUGUUUACAUUUGCCUGUUUUUUUUCCUAGAAUAAAGAAAU